CGGGUCCUCCAGGGCGGCGGGAGGAGCGCGGAGAGGGUCGAGCGGGAGGAAGGCGCGGGGCCUGGAGUCGGGCGAGAGGCGCAGGGAGAGAGGCCGAGGCUGAGCCUGAGGCUGAGGCCCGGGGCCAGAGGCGCACACACAGAGAGACAGAGCCCGGGGGGGGGGGGGGGGGGGGGGAAAGACGGUGGCGGCGGCGGAGGACAGCACCGAGAGCGGGCACGAUGUCGCGGAUGAACCGCCAGCAGGAUUACAAAGCCGGGGACCUGGUGUUCGCCAAAAUGAAGGGUUACCCGCACUGGCCGGCACGGUCCCACAUUCACCCCUCCUCUGCACCCUCUUCAGUGACCCUUCCCACUUACCCCUUCCUGCCCCUGUGCGCUGAUGACUGUUUGACUAUCCGAGGUGACACGGAACAAGAGGUCCGGAUAUUUAUUUUACUGUCCGUUCCCUCUUGCAGUGCCUUCCUUGGGCCCAAGGAUCUGUUCCCUUACGAGGAAUCCAAGGAGAAGUUGGGGAAGCCGAAUAAGCGAAAAGGUUUCAGCGAGGGCUUGUGGGAGAUCGAGAACAAUCCCACGGUCAAGAAGUCAGGUUACCAGGCACCUGAGCGAAACCAGAGCUCCUCGGAGGGGGAGGGCGAUGCGGAGAAGAAGGAGAAUGCUGAGGGCAGCAGUGAUGAGGAGGGCAAGCUGGUCAUUGACGAGCCGGUGAAAGAC